UUGCCCAAAUAUUUUGCAAAGUCUUUCCUUUCUCAAUUCCACACGCUUUUCCAUCCCAUCCAUCAAUUUUUUCAUCAUCAUCAUCAUCAUCAUCACCAGAACGUAUUCUGGAGGAAUCUUGAUUGAACGUAUUCUCAAGUUUUUCAGCUUUUUGGUGAAAAAGAUCUGGGCAAAGGCCUCUACUUUUGUACCCUAAACAACCUGCAAGACAUGCCCAUAUAGUGACAAGUGUAUGGGAGUACAGAACAAAGAUUUUGGAAGUGACUUCUAGAAAUAUUUUUUAUAGUUAAUAGCUAUAGAAAGUAGAUGAUAUGACGACUUUACGUAGAUGCAGGAACAAUAUAGAGUCUGACAAUAUAGUUUUGAUUGAUGUGGAUACCUAUAACUAUGAUAAUGUCAUUGUUAUUGAUGUACCUGAAAAUCUUACAAAAUUACGAGGUUCAGUUGAUAAAAGUCGUCCUAAGAGGACGUAUAUUUUAAUAGAUGACGAUGAAAGCCCCAGCGCUGGUUACACUGGAGCGAAUGUAGAUAGUGAAAGAAAUUUUGAGAAUGGUGCUUCUUCUAGUAGGAGAUAUGGUCCGGAUAUCUCUCCGGUUAAGCUAUCAACAGGAAAAAGAACUUAUUCGAGAAGAGGUUUUAGUGCACAUUUAGAGAGCGAGUCAUCUGAUGAUGAGAGUCCUGAUUGUGAGUACAUGGAAGAUUUUUCAGGGAAGCUAAAAGAAGAGUGGGAAAAAGCAUCAUUGAAGAGAAAAGCUGAUAUACACAAGGAUCAUGGUGGUAGGAAAAAUAACAGUAGUUCUUCUAGGCCAUCUGAGGAUGCUCUCAAUGAUUUGGGACUAAAUAAGAACAAACAAAAGCACUCGAAAGUUUAUAAUUUUAAAGCUACUUGUCAUGAGAAAAAUGGGGAAUCUUCUUUUAGGAAUGAAAAAGCUCGUGAACACAAUUUUUCUGAUUGUGACCGGAGUGAUAAUAUAGACGUUGAUGGUGGUAGUAAUGACAAAUAUAAAUAUGCUCAGGCUUUUAACUUUAAAGCAACCUACUGUGAGGAAAAAACCGAAUCUUUCAGAAGUGAGAAUUCCCGUAAGGACGAUCUGUCUGAUCAUGAUACAGCAGAUAAUUUAGAUGCUGGUAAAGAUGAUUUACCAGCUGGUGAGAUGCCCAUCCCUCAGGAUGAAAAUAUGGUUGAAACCGAUGGACAGAGGCCUUCUAUCAGUAGUGAAGGGGAAACUGAAAAAGAUGAUCUUGAAAAUGCAGCCACCAUUGAUGAUAUCCCUACUGAAAACUCGAUAAUUGAUCAACGUGAAAAGCAUAAGGAGACUGAAGAAUACAAGCGAGCACUAGAAGAAGAAUUGUCAGCCAGACAAAUGGCCUUAAAGAUUCAGGCAGAAGAAGCCCAGAACUUGCGUCGUAUGCAGAAAAGAAAAAAAGCUGAAAGCUUGCGUUUAUUGGACAUGGAGAAAAGACAAAAGCAACGUGUGGAAGAAAUCCGGGAAACUCAAAAAAAGGACGAGGAAAAUAUGAAUUUGAAAGAAAAAUACCGCACGGAAUUUAGAGAGAAGCUUAAGAAGCUGGAAAUAACGUGUCUGGAUAUGGCUUCGUUGUUGCGUGGAUUAGGAAUCCAAGUUGGUAAUGGCCAUGUUCCCUUAUCACAUGAGGUACGUGCAGCUUAUAAGCGGGCAUUACUUAGCUUUCAUCCAGAUCGAGCUUCAGGGUCUGAUAUGCGUCAGCAGGUCGAGUCCGAAGAAAAGUUUAAGCUUAUAUCUCGUAUGAAGGAGAAGCUGUCAUUAUAAGGCAUUACUUCUGUAUAGUUUAGAGAGAUUUGUUUCCAUAGUUUUCAUUUAUUAUUUCGAGAAUGUCAUCUUUAUUCGGUAUUACAUCUUCCUUUUUGUAAGGCAUGUUUAGCGAAUGGAAUGUUGCAUCCAUCACCGUGCCCUUUUCAGAAUGAAAAGAUCGCCCUCAGGCUGUCAUAAGUCCAUGACCACAUUUACUAUCUAAUUAAUGAAGGUUACAUGAGUUGAA